CUUCCGGCGUACGCAUGUUUGCCAGGUCCACGUGAAUGUAGGAGAGUGUUCGGUUGAAAUGGACUCACUGGAUCGAGUGGUCCCAUGCUUUGAGAUGGGGAGUUGGUGAUAAGAGCAUUCUUGACUGAUAAUACAGCUUUUCUGUAGUGUAGCUACAAGAUGCAUUUAAUUGGAAGCCUAAAACAAAGAGGGCAAAAAGGUUUCUUGAGAAAAGAGCACCAAAGCUCACAGAAAAUACAAAGAAUGCCAUGUUCAUAAAAGGUGGAAAUGCAAAUUCAGCAGUCACUGAAGCACUCAAGGACAUUUAUGCUCUGAAAAAGCCCUUUGCUGUCCUAUAUAAAAAAAAAAAUAUUUCAAGACCCUUUGAAGAUCCAACAUCAUUGGAAUUUUUUUCCAAGAAAUCAGACUGUUCUCUAUUCCUGUUUGGAUCACAUAAUAAGAAGAGACCUAAUAAUUUGACAAUAGGUCGUAUGUAUGAUUAUCAUAUUCUGGAUAUGGUUGAGCUGGGCAUUGAGAAGUUUGUGCGUCUCAGAGAUAUCAAGAAUAGCAAGUGUCCUGAAGGAACAAAGCCCAUGUUGAUAUUUGCGGGUGAUGCCUUUGAUUUAAGUGAAGACCAUCGAAGAUUAAAAAGUCUACUCAUCGAUUUCUUCAGAGGUCCUGCUGUGCCCAGUGUCCGCUUGGCGGGUUUAGAGCAUGUUCUUCACUUCACAGCUGUAGAUGAAAAAAUCUAUAUGAGAAGUUACAAAGUAUUGUUGAAGAAGUCUGGUUGCAAAAUACCAAGGAUUGAACUUGAAGAUAUGGGACCUUCGCUAGAUUUGGUGAUAAGGAGGACACAUUUGGCUUCAGAUGAUCUUUAUAAGUUAUCCUUAAAGCAGCCCAAAGCUCUCAAGCCAAAGAAGAAGAAAAAUAUUUCCCAUGAUGUGUUCGGUACAAAAUAUGGACAGAUCCAUAUGCAGAAACAGGAUCUGGAUAAACUGCAGACUAGAAAAAUGAAAGGAUUAAAGAAAAGACCAGCUGAAAAGAAGACUGGGAAUGAACACAGUCUAAAGAAAGCAAAACUGGGAUAAUAAACUGGAACUGAACUGAGUAAUUGAGUUUGCUGCUGUUAAAUCCUUUGAAUGCCAUAUAUGGCUGAAAUUAAUUUCAGUAAACAUUUUGAACAAAUAUCUUCUGAGAACCACUUAUUCUGCAUAUAUUAUCAUCCCUGAUCCUUGUUAUCAUUUAACUUUCCAGAAUCUAUACUUAAGUUUUAAAAAUAGUAUCGUCACUUACAGGAAUUGAAAUAUAUUUGUAACUCUGAGUAAUUAAAGAAAACUUAUGUCCUCUUUUAAAAAGCCAUUAUUUAGUGUGUGUAUACUUCAAACAAGUACUUCUGCAGAUUAUUUAUGGGAUCUGGAAUGCUGAGUGUUUGGAACUAUCGGUUGUAAUAUAGAAUUAACAGACGAUGUAGCAACAAGGAGUUCCACAGUGCUUUGGCCUUGCAUACUUCAGUAGGGGUGUACACCUAAGAAUAUAUUUGGAAAAACCCAAAUCUCGAAGCAGCAAGCUGCUUCAGGAUUUGGGUAUUUAAACUGCUUCAGUAUUAUUUGGUAAGAUUUGACCAUUAGUUUCCAAUGGGAAGUGCUGUUCCUGGAUAUCCGGGGGCUUGGGAGGGGCAUUUUCUUACCUAAUAAUACCAAAGUUGCUGGGGACCAUCUUCUAACUCUCCUCUCAUGACCACCCAAGUUUCAGGAAGAUUGGACUUCAGGGGGUCAUGUUAGCCCCCACCCCAAAGAAAGUGCUCCAUCCACCUCCAAUCUCCAUUAUUCCCUAUGGGGAAAACUAGAGGGGUUUCUAGGUGGCUGGCGGUGGCAUUUUGCAAGCAAAAUGCACCAACAUUUCUGGGGACCUACUCCUCCCUGUCCUCUAAUGACCCCCCAAAUUUCAAGGAGAUUGAACUUUGGGGGGCUAUUUUAUAGCCCUUCAAAUAAGGUGCCCCUAUCCUCCUCCAAUCUCCUUUAUUCCCUUUGGGGAAAAUGAGCGGGGGUUUCUGGGUGUUUGGGGGUAGCAUUUUGCAAGCAAAGUGCACUAAAUUUGCAGGGGACCCACUCCUACCUGUCCUGUAACAACCCUCCAUGUUUCAUGGAGAUUGGACAAAAAGGGGCCAUUUUAUAGCCCCCCCCCAAAGAAGGCGACCUUAUCCUCCAGUUUAAACCCCUGCAGAAUUUUUAAAAAGGCACUCUCCUUCCAGAGAAUCCCCAUUGGUUGGAAGGUGAGCUGCUGCAGGGAUUGGCCACUCUCAAAGUCCCCCUCCCUUCCCUGAUCCCUCUCCCUCCUCCCCCUUCUGACUCUUACUCCAACCUCCUCCUCUCCCUCCCAUCAAGUAAAAUAGGCACGAACUCUGGUGGGAAGCACUUUUUCUCUUGCUGUUAAGGAACGACAAGGGAAAGAGUGCUGCUAUGUUACCUGAAGCUUACUGAACUUUUGCUUUGAUAUUAGCGAAUAGCUUCAGCAAUGCCGAGGCUGAUUCAGUAAUAUCAAAUCUUGCCAAAUCAGGCCCGAUUCAGGUUAAAAACCCAAAUCCCGAACCCGAAGCACACAUCCCUAUCCUUCAGUCACCAACUUGAGUUUGCACUCUACUACUGUUUACAUGACCUGAACUAAAAAAGCAUGGGGAAAUGCCAUGUAUCUUAUACCAAGAAUUUGUAUCUCAAAAGUUUUCCUGGCAAAAGUGAUCAUAUCAGUUUGGUAUUAUAACAUCAGAAGAUCAGUAGAAAAGAGCAAGAGUCCAGUAGCACCUAUAAGAAUAACAAAAUUUGUGAAGAAGUGAGCUGUGGCUCAUGAAAGCUCAUACCCUACCACAAAUUUUGUUAGUCUUAUAGGUGCUACUGAACUCUUUUCUACUGCUACAGGCAGACUAACAUGGCUUCCCAUCUUGAUCAGCAGAUCAGAAAGCACAAGUGACUGUUUCUCUACAUUUUCUUUGUGAGGUCUUCCCUCAUUGUGAGAGGGCCAUCUUUCCAAAGCAGGAAUUAUUCUUUUAUCUUGCUGGAAAGGAAGAUGCAGGAAUUUGAAUAUUACAGAGAAGUAUAGAGAACAUCAAGUACUUGUGUUUAUGGUCAUCCAUCUCUGUUCUGUGCUCGGUAGGCUGGCCUGGUUUGGGCUCCUCUGGAGUAGAACCACUGGCUUGGCUGGCGGGACUCAGGAGCUCAGGGUGGCCUGUGCUUGGAGCUGGAGCACAGGGCUUGUGCCUAGUGGACCGGUUGAUCCAGCUAUUCAGUCCUCUCAAGCCGUAGUGUAAAUAGGCUGGGUGGUGAUCUGGCUCAGCUGCAUCUGCUGGCUGGUACUGCGGCUCUUGAGGCUUUGCUGGGCUCUGGCCAGGAUCUUGUGAGGAAUUAUCAUUUUCAGUGUUCUCUGGAUCUACAGGGAGGUGGCAUACAGCCAGCCUGGCAAUUUGCCCCUUCCAGGCCACUUCAGCCUGGGCUCUACACUGCCACCAUUCCUGUGGAGUAGAAAGAGGGUCUGGGAGGCUGUGGACCCAGUUUUGUGUCCUGCCUGGCAGAGGCCUAAUAGUUAUCUCGGGCUGGGGAGGAAACUUGACACGUGCUGUUUUUGCUGGCAGCUCUCUGCCACAUUCAGACGUCUGCUCCAGUUCUCAUGCAAUUCAGCCUUCUCACACAUGUGACCUUUCAAGUCACCGGACAUGUAAGGAUGGGUAGAGAAAGAUGUGCUUUGUGGUAGACUUAUAACUAUGCAAUUUCCUUUCUCUUGCAAUUUUGCAAAGCAUCUUCCAAGAAUAGUAUAAUACCUCUUUUUUACUAUUAUUUUUGGUAUCUUGUUUUUUGCAGUUAAGAUUUUUUUAUCUUAGUUGUUGUAAGGUGAUUCUCAAUGGUUGCUGUAAAAUUUUCAACAUUACUUGCCUUAAGCCUUUGAGGUGCAAAGAGUUAGAUCUACAAAGAAAUAAAUAAUCUUAAGCUUUGCUGCCAAUGCACCACAGAAGGAUCCCUGUUGCAAAAAUCUUUCAAGGAAGCUAAGUGGUGCUGUUAAUGAGAGCUGGGUUUGAUUCAGUUCUUUGCACCCAUAAUUUACACAGUGAAAGGGCUCAUACAACAAAGCAGAUUGUUCCUGUAAGUCUAUAGUUCACAGACCCAGAUCCAUUAUAAGCUUACUAAAGCUGAGAGCUUUAGUAGGAUUUGAAAAAAGGAUUAGACAGUUAUAUGAAUGAUACUCAUAGAAGCCAUCAGGACUCAGAAACCCUUAGCAGUGGAAAUCAAUAUAGAAAGGACCAUCUUUCUAGGGGUACAGAAUCUUAUUGUGGUGGUGGAGAGUGCCGUCAAGUCAUAGCUGGCAACUUCUGCUGUGAUUUUCAACGCAAGACACUAACAGGUGGUUUGCCAUUGCCUGCCUCUACAACCCUGGUCUUCAUUUGAGGUCUCCCAUCCAAUUACUAACCAAAGCCAACUCUGCUUAGUUUCCAAGAUCACACUUGCCUGGGUUAUUACUGAAAUUAUUAUUAAACAGUGAUCUUUGCUUAAGCAGCCUGCCUGCUUCUCUGUGGAAACAAGCCAUUGAGCGUCAAACUUUGAUGUGCAAGUUAUUCAUCUCGUCUAAGUUUUAAAGUCAAUAGGCUGACUGGCCAGAAAAAGACAGCAAUAUAACUAAAAAGUUAUUGCUGUUCAAUAUGCAUUAAAAACAUACGGUGUUUAAUUGCAGCUGCUAUGUAUUUACACACAUCUGAUGUUACGUUAAAAUCCAGGUCUGCUGACAGAGUCAUUAAAUGACAAUUAAAAGAAUGAACAGGCUUCUUAUUCAGAUGAGGAUCCAGAAAUUUUCUUCUCAGAUCCAAAUAAAUUACACAGAAAAAGAAGAAAUGCCUAAUAGUUUCUACCAAAGAUUUAUUACAGAUACAAACUUUAAAUACCCUAUCUGUAAAACAUCCAUGUAGUUGUGAUGUUUAAUAUAUACGCUUAUAGGACGAACUAUUGUUAUUGUACAUUAUUAACUUUACACUGUUAUUUCCUUGAAAAGUUGUAUUGAUAUCUUGUUUAUUAAUAAAAAAUUAUUUUAAAAAAAACA